AUGUCUGGACGUGGAAAGGGAGGAAAAGGUCUCGGUAAAGGUGGCGCCAAGCGUCAUCGCAAAGUGCUCCGUGAUAACAUCCAAGGCAUCACCAAGCCCGCCAUCCGCCGUCUGGCUCGUCGUGGUGGUGUAAAGCGUAUCUCCGGCCUCAUCUACGAGGAGACCCGUGGUGUGUUGAAGGUUUUCCUAGAGAACGUGAUCCGUGACGCCGUCACUUACUGUGAGCACGCCAAGAGAAAGACCGUGACUGCCAUGGAUGUGGUCUAUGCUUUGAAACGUCAAGGCAGAACUCUGUACGGUUUCGGUGGAUAA